ACAACACUCUCUUUACAUCUACAGUAGCAAGAUGGCACCAACUCUAGCAGAACAAGUGGCAGUAGACCAAGUCUCCCCCGGAGAAUACGUCUCUCGCCUCAACCCCAUCAGGAUGGGCAACGCCAUGCCCAUAGCCUACGGCGGCUGCACAGCCAGCAUCGCCGUCAACGCAGCGUGCCAAACAGCACCCGCCUCAAUGUCGCUCUACUCCGUCCUCGGGCACUUCCACGGCCCCGCAUCGACAGAUAAGAAACUCCACUGCAGCGUGACAAACAUUCGCGAUACGCGAUCUUUCGCGACGCGGAGGGUUCAGGUCAAGCAGCAGCAGCCCAAUGGGAAGUUCCGCGUUUGUAUGGAAGUCCUCGCGGAUUUUCAUGUCAUUGAACCUUCGAGCUGGGAUUACUCUGAACCGACGUGCUCGAAAUGGCCAAGGGCGGAGGAUUGUCCGAAUUUAGAGGAACUAGUGAAAGGGUUGUUGGAGAAGGGCAGUAUUACGGAGAAGCAAGGACAGGAAUUCACAAGAUCCUUCGCUGCGAAUGCAAAUUUCUUCGAGACGCGGUACUGCACCGAAGGUGUGUCCGCCCAAAACCUCUCCGGCGCUUCACGACACGUCAAAACAACACAAGACCACCUCCCCAUCACCCAAAAGGUAUCCGCCGAGUGGCAGCGCGCGCUACACGACCUCUCCACGCCAACCGCCAACAUGAGCGCGCUAGCAUUCCUCAUGGACGGCGGUCUUUCAUUCUUGCCAUUGAGUCAUAAUCAUUUGUGGUUUGAUGACACGGCUGCGUGUUCGACGCUGGAUUUUGCGUUGAGGAUCUUUGUGCCGGAGGUUAAGCUGGGGGAGUGGCAUGUUAGGGAGAGGAAGACUAGUAGGGGAGGCGGGAAUAGGACGUAUUCGGAGGGGAAGUUAUGGGAUGCACAUGGGAAUUUAGUGGCGAGUAAUACGCAGCAGUCUAUUAUGAGGUUGAGGGAGGGUGUCGCUGUGCCUAAGCUUUAGAUUAGGUUGACUAUGUACAAGAAGAUAUUAAUAGAGUGAUAUGUA